AUGGGAGACCACAAGAAAGCCAGCAACCGCACCGCUUCGCGCCGUGGAGUCAGACCACCUUCCCUCAAGGACAUCACGGAGCGCUUAACCACGUCGACAGCGCCGAGCGCUCUUAGCGAGAUCACGGCCUCGACCAACCUUCCCACUGCUGAAUCUCGCCUCAAACUUCCCGCUAGUGCUGUCGCGCGAGCCAACCUAACACCGUCGCCUUCCCCUCCAGGCCGUACUGGUUCCCUAAGAACCGAUGAGAAUGAGAGAGCCGACCAGAGCAGGGUUGACAAGGAAGGUGGCGACAACAAAGCCCAGGCUGCCGCCAAGGAGCUUUCAAGCCGUGCGUCCACAGCUACGCUCAAGAACUCGGAUACCGACGGCACCUCUUCGGAGCCCUUCAAUAGCUCAAACUCGCUCGCACUCUCGAUCGGCGAUAGUGUUGGUUCGCCCACCCCUUCUCGCACGGGAGUGGUUCUUGUGAAGGAGGAGACGGUCUGCGAGAACACAAAGGACAUGCAGCCCAUCGGCGCAUUCAAGCCCAAGACGUUGACAUUGGAGGAGCUGCGCUUCAAGUCCCGCGCUAGUCUCGGUCACGGAUUCCCUGAGACUCCACCCCGUUCAAAGGACGAGGUUCCGUCAAUCAUUGUCCUGCGUUCGACGCCUGGCCACUCCCCGACCAAAGGGAUCGAAGGCGGUGUACACAGCAGUGUCUCCACGCCAGGUCCGCCUCCCUCACCACGCUCCAUCGCCAACGGCCUCCCCCUUGAGCAUUCUUGGUCCAUCUGGUAUGACUCCAAGUCGUACAAGCCGUCACCCGAGGUGUACGCCGAACGUCGCGCACGCUUGGGCGAAUGGGAGGCUGACAUGCUUCCUGUUGGCACCUUUGACACCAUCCAGAGUUUCUGGCGCCACCUGAACAACAUCCGUCAGCCCAGCAAGCUGGUCAACAAUGGCAAUUACCACAUGUUCAAGGAUAACAUCCGUCCGUCUUGGGAAGACCCUUCGAACACGCACGGUGGCAAGUGGGUGCUCUUCGUUAAGGCCAAUAAGGACCUCACCGUGGACAUGGUGUGGUCCAACCUCGUUAUUGCACUGGUUGGCGAGCAGCUCGACCCCGACAACCACAUUACUGGUAUCGUCGUGUCGUCUCGUCCCCGUAUGGACCGCGUCCAGGUCUGGACCCGGAUCAAGGACGAUAUCGCAGCCGUCAAUGCCAUUGGUAACCGCAUCCUGGAGACGAUCGGCUUUGAGGCGCAGGACCAGCAGACUAUCUCGCUCGAUUUCCAGGCACAUGAGGGAACGCUCCCUGCUGGCAAAUUCAUGCGUGCCGGAUUCACGGCCCGCUCUGCCUCUGUCGCUAUGUCCACGCCGAGCAGCGCCAACGUCUCUCGCGUGUCGUCCCCUCUCCCUGGCGGGUCGCCCGUUGGUGCGCCCAGUGCUCUGCCUGGCUGGUCGACCACUCCGCACUUACCAAUCCCCCCGCCAUCGCCGCGCCAGGUGUCGAGCGCCCUUCCCUCGACUCGUCCCCGCAUGGGUGCCGGAGGCAACGCGUUUUCGGGUCCGUUAGGAACUGCUCGCCGUGCGUUUAGUAGCACUGUAGAGUAG